AUUCAUACCCAUGCGUUGAACAGCGUAUACCAUCCUGUUUGACGGCAACGCAGCUGGUCUUGACAUCAUGGAUGGCACUAGUAUCACUGAAUCGCGAGACGCUGAAACUGGCGUCAGAUCCAAAAGACACCUCAAACGAACAUUAGGUGGUUCCGAGUCUGGCACUACGACGCCCGGCGACAACGGCAAUGCUGCGAAUGAAAAAUCCGUCACACCGAAUGAGCCUUCUGAUCACGAUGUUGGCUCAGUGAUUGCUCGGCAUGAGUCCUUUAGAAAUGCUGAAUCGCUGGCGUCAGUGGAUCGUCCACCUAGUGAAUAUCUUCCUCCAGCAAAGAUAUACCAUCCUUUGUCGUUCCCAGUCAUCGCCCUUCUAAUGCCUGCCUCCGUGCUCGGGGUACUGGCACGACUCGGACUUCAAGCCCUCGUAACAUAUGAUGGCGAAAGCGUGUUCCCACUGGCUUAUAUUCAAGCCACAGGCUGUUUCAUUAUGGGCAUCGGGCUAGGGUUGAAAGAACCCUUUGGUAGAUUCUAUGGCCCGUUAUACACUGCCAUGACCACAGGAUUUUGUGGGUCCUUAACGACCUUCUCUGGCUGGCAAGUGGAUAUAUUCAAUUCGUGGGUUAACUCAACUGGAUCCCACCGAGAUGGCCUUCGAGAUCUUAUAGAUGGUCUCACAAAGACCUUUGUAACACUCUGUCUUUCUUUGUCCUCCUUGUGGUUCGGAGUUCAUUGCUGCAAGCUGGUAGCGCCCCAUAUACCUACCAUCAGGUCUCCUGGCAGGCCUAUUCAGUAUACACUCGUCUCUUUGGCAGUCCUCACUUACGCUGCCACCCUCCCUGCUUAUUUCCGUGCAUCACCCAGCUACCGACAUCAGGCCACAGCUGCCCUUCUCUUCUCAUUUCCGGGAACGUUGACCCGAUACCUUCUGUCGAUUGGCUUGAACCCACGCUUGAAACUCAUGCCGCUCGGAACAUUCACCGCUAACAUCUUCGGGACUGCGCUCCUGGGCCUGUUUCAUGUUCUACAGGGGCUCCCCACCCCAGUCUCCGCCAACGCUUGCGCCAUCCUUCAAGGUUUAGGGGACGGGUAUUGUGGUUGUCUCACAACGGUCAGUACGUUCGCAACGGAGGUGGAUGCACUUGAAGGUUGGAAGGCAUGGCUGUACGUAAUAGCUAGCUGGGUCACUGCUCAGCUGGUGUUACUUGUCAUUAUGGGCUCUUCUUUCUGGUCCGGGCAUGUUCAUGCAACUGCUUCGUGCAAAUUUGUGUCUUAGAUUGAUAGUCGCUAUGAGAGUGUCUGUUACAGGCAACUGUGAAUGUUUUUAUAUAUUCCUUCUAUAAAUUCCUACAGAAAGGUAGAUCUAGAGAACGCGGAUGCGCUGAACAUUAGCUAGCUCUUUUGGUUCAUUGACUACUAGUAGUAUAUGUCAGCGCCGACGCGUACUGGUGUCUGAUUAUCUCCUCGUUUAUAGUGGGUAGCGCGCGGACUUUGAAAUCCCGUUUAGGCUUUGUG